AUGAACUCCAAGCACCCUGUGAGCCAAUCACUUCUGGCCUGGCAGGCGGUUUGGCUCUACUCCAAGAUGCCCUCGUGCUGUGCGCCCCAGUCAACGCCUGAGACCAUCACGUCGCGUCAUUCCGUCAAAAUGACUGCCAUGAUGCAAAGCAGAAGCUCAGUAGACUCCUUCGCCGACGACAUGGACAAGGCAUCCGUCUCCGAGAUGCUGUAG